AACUCUGCAUAGGUAGACAAUUGCAGACAGGAAGGGAUUCUCCCUGGCCCCGGGUAUCAGUGACGAAUUUACCUAAGAGGCAGGGAAAACGACUGAGCCUUGGAUUCAGGGCCAGUACUGGAGGGCUUCAGGGUAGCCAGAACGCUGGAGGCCUCCAGGCAAAGCCAUAUAAAAGUGGAGGCGGGAGGGGUGGAGUGUAUUCCAGGCUGCUUGGCUCCUGCCUGGAGCAGCCCUGCGGCUCCCUUCAACCCUUAUUGUAUCUGCAACCUUCUCCUACUCGGAGUGAAAGCAAGACCUAGCAGGCUGGGCUGGACGUGCCCCCGCCUGCCCGCCCCGCUAGCCUGCUCCGCGACGCUGUGGCCCCGGGACGCGGACUGUGUUUGGGCGCUGGGCGGCGGGCUCCGGGAGCUCGCACUGGCUGUCGCGAGGUCCCCCGCAACGUCACUCGACCCACUGUACCCUUGUGCCGUCCCGCGAGACCCCUGCUCGCCCAAGGCGGCCUCUAAGGAAGCAGCUGUCCACGUGCGGGCUGCAGACAGGACGCCGGGGUCUCCAUAGCAGACACCUGCCUGGACCACAAUGUUAUCAUCUGGUGACUUUACAUCUGCAUCCUGGGAGCUUGUAGUCCGAGUUGACCAUGCAAAUGAAGAGCAGCAGACAGACAUCACGCUGAGAGUGUCUGGGGACCUGCAUAUUGGGGGAGUGAUGCUCAAGCUGGUGGAACAGAUGAACAUAGCCCAAGACUGGUCAGACUUUGCUCUGUGGUGGGAACAGAAGCGCUGCUGGCUUCUGAAAACGCACUGGACCCUGGACAAGUGUGGAGUCCAGGCCGACGCCAAGCUUCUCUUCACCCCUCAGCACAAGAUGCUUCGUCUUCGGCUGCCCAACACCAGGACAGUGCGGCUUCGAGUCAGCUUUUCUGCUGUGGUGUUUAAGGCUGUAGCUGAUAUCUGCAAAGUACUGAAUAUCAGAAGACCAGAAGAACUCUCAUUGUUAAAGCCUUCUGGUGACUAUUGUAAAAAGAAAAAGAAGAAAGAAAAAAAUAGUAAAGAGCCAGUGAUUGAAGACAUCCUGAACCUGGAAAGUUCUUCAACAAGCUCGGGUUCCCCAGUAAGCCCUGGCUUGUACAGUAAGACCAUGACACCCACAUAUGACCCCAUCAACGGGACACCAGCCUUAUCCACUAUGACUUGGUUUGGUGACAGCCCUUUGACAGAGCAAAACUGCAGUGUUCUGGCCUUCAGCCAACCUCCUCCAUCACCAGAGGUGCUCGCCGAAAUGUUCCAGCCUCGAUCUUUGGUUGACAAAGCCAAGAUGAAUGCAGGCUGGCUGGACUCCUCGAGGUCCCUUAUGGAGCAAAGCAUUCAAGAGGAUGAGCAGCUGCUGUUGAGAUUUAAAUACUACACCUUCUUUGACUUGAAUCCUAAAUAUGAUGCUGUCCGAAUUAACCAACUCUACGAGCAAGCCAGAUGGGCUGUUCUCCUGGAGGAAAUCGACUGCACAGAAGAAGAAAUGUUGAUCUUUGCAGCUCUGCAGUAUCACAUCAGCAAGCUGUCGCUGUGUGCUGAAAUACAGGACUUUGCAACCAAGUCCGAGGUUGACGAGGUAGAAGCAGCGUUGUCAAGUUUGGAAGUGACCCUCGAAGGCGGGAAGGCAGACAACACUUUGGAGGACAUUACUGACAUCCCUAAACUGGCAGAUUAUCUCAAAUUAUUUAAGCCCAAGAAGCUAAUGUUAAAAGCUUUCAAGCAAUACUGGUUUGUCUUUAAAGACACAUCUAUAGCCUACUUUAAAAAUCAGGAACUCGAACAAGGAGAGCCAAUAGAGAAGCUGAACAUCAGAGGCUGUGAAAUUGUGCCAGAUGUGAAUGUAGCAGGGAGAAAAUUUGGAAUCAAGUUACUAAUCCCUGUUGCUGAUGGAAUGAAUGAAGUGUAUUUGAGAUGUGACCAUGAGGAUCAAUAUGCCCGGUGGAUGGCUGCGUGCAUCUUGGCCUCGAAGGGUAAAACCAUGGCAGACAGCUCCUACCAGCCAGAGGUCGUCAGCAUCCUUUCAUUUCUCAAGAUGAAAAACCGGAACUCAUCACCUCUGGUGGCUUCCAGUCUGGAAAGCAUGGAUAUGAACCCGGAGUGCUUAGUAUCGCCCCGCUGUGCAAAGAAGCACAAGUCUAAACAGCUGGCAGCCCGGAUCCUGGAAGCUCACCACAACGUAGCCCAGAUGCCUCUGGUCGAAGCCAAACUGCAGUUCAUCCAGGCAUGGCAGUCCUUACCCGAGUUCGGCCUCACUUACUACCUUGUCAGAUUUAAAGGAAGCAAGAAGGAUGACAUCCUGGGAGUUUCAUACAACAGGCUGAUUAGAAUGGAUGCAGUCACUGGGAUACCAGUUACAACGUGGCGAUUUGCCAAUAUGAAGCAGUGGAAUGUCAACUGGGAAAUCCGGCAGGUGGCAAUCGAGUUUGACCAAAAUGUCUCCAUCGCAUUCACCUGCCUAAGUGCAGGUUGCAAGAUUGUACACGAGUACAUUGGUGGCUACAUCUUCCUGUCCACCCGAUCCAAGGAUCAAAAUGAAACGCUCGACGAGGACCUCUUUCACAAACUGACUGGCGGUCAGGACUGAAGUGAAGCAGGGCUACCUGGCCUACAUGGACCUAGGAAUCCCUUCCUGAAUGAAUAGGAUCCAUGGCUUUCCCUGUGUGUAGCUUUCAGACCCACACAAUGUAUGCUUACCAUCAGACACCCAGGUCCUUGCCUCGUCUGAGCACACUGAACGCACCCCUCACCUUACUUUGCCUCCCAUUGCCAGCAGUAGACUGGGCUCCUGCUGGUGUUUCCUAUAAAGUGGGUGGGGAAUGAGAAGCCUGGUACUUACUCUGUGGAUGCUCUAAGGCCCACCAUGGCUUUCCAGCUCUGUGGCUUUGCAGGCACACGUAAGUGCUAACCAACAGCUGACCUGCUUAUAUGCCUCAUUGGUAAGUCAGCAGUGAGAAGAGCAAGGUAAAAGCGAUGUGUAGCGAGUACAAAUCUCAUUCCACACACUCAGGUCCUUCUUAACAAAACUGAGCGUAGCUCUCAUCUUGCCAAAAUGGCAGCAGGAGUCUCAUCGCCUUUUUUCUUUAGAGGUCAGAGAGAUGAGUGGGGAGGAGCAGGUUACAGUGGUCUUCAGUAUCAUCAGUUUACGGUGACUGUCACAUCUGUUAAGGUGAUCACUCACCAUCUGGUCUAAUCAUCGGUCCUCAUAGUAUUGCUGACAUGAGAGGCUCCAUUCCUAGGGAAUCCCACAGACACAGUGAAGUCCUUCUUAAAGACACAGGGAUACAUGGGAGCCCAUUCUUAGCCAAGAUCCAUGACUCGGUCGAUUUGAUUCUGGACUUGGUCUCAAGAAAACAGACCCAGAACUCUGUUAAUCAAAAGCACCUUUAAGGAGCUGGAAAGAUAGCUUAGCAGUUAAGAGGGCUUGCUGCUCUUGCAGGGGACCUCAACUGAGUUCCAAGUACCUAGCUUUAAGGGAUCUGAUGCCUUCUUCUAAACUCCGUGAUCUGUUUCUAGAGUCCACCAUGUUGAAGAUCUGCUUUCGGAGCCCUGGUUGUCGGGGUUGUAAGAAAGUGUUCUUCUUCCCAUUCAGCUGCAUUCUGGAGGUGGAGUCUACCUCUAUGAGUCUUGCCAUUUUCCCUAAACACCUUCAGCUUUGUAAAUCACAGGCAGUAACAGACUCUCUGGGGCUUUUUUUUUUUCCAGUAUCAUCCCUGUCCUGCUACAAACAUAAGCUCUUGACAGCUGCCUGAAUGUCAUAUUCUGGUUUUUCAGUAGGAAGGAAUGAGUGGGUUUUGAGUAGGUAGACUGCAGUCUCAGAGCUAAAGGGAGGUGUUUUCUUCUGUUGAGACACAGCCUUCUCCUUCCACACACUCAGACUGCACAGAUAAGACAAGAGCUUUCCUUGAACUCUGCCUCUCUCCUAGGCUGCAUGUUUCAGGGUUUUGGAUGGAGCCCAGAGACCUUCAAGCCUCAGCUGUUGCUUUGUUUCCCAACCAAGCCACCUGGGAAGGGGGAGUUCUGCAAUUCCAGGAAUCAAGAGACACUCCUGGCUUGAGACCACAGACCUGAGCCAGAAGAACCUUCUGGAGGUUUCUUUUAGCCUAUCCCUAGAGGUGUGUACUCAUGAACCUUUCCAAGUUCCCACUGAAUUUCUGGGGCUCAACUUUGCUCAGAAGUACUUUAAGCAUUUGGAAGAUUUGGUUCCCAUCACAAAGAACUUAACUUGGGGUGUUUUUAUGCAGACACAUAUGUUAAGUAUGUGCAGUAAACACUCUGGGCUCUACUGUUUAGGCUCUAGGCACUGUACAAUAUACUCCUAGGUAUACCACACUAGGCUGGGCAUAGCAUAUACCCAGUGUGUGUGCCUCUAAUCCCAGAACUGAGAAGACAGACACAGGCAGACCUCUGUGAGUCUGAGGCCAGCCAGGGCUCCAUAAUCAGAGCCAUUCUCAAAAAAAAAUAUUUACAUGCUAGAGCCUAGACAGAUGUUUGAAAUCCUGGUCACGAUGACCUCCUUGAUUAUUUGUCACCUUGAUUACAUUUUGCUCAUGAGAAUUCAGCUUCCCUCCUUCACCCAGACCUGGCCUUCAGGUCAGUCCCUCCUUAGCUUUUCAUGGUUGGCUGACAUUUCCAUGAAAUGCUUGGAGGAGUUGGCUGCAGACAUUAUGCAGUUUUGGGUAGCAUUUCUCCCGUGAUGACACAGCUACAUCUCAAAGGAAUAAAUUGGUAUAAGAAGAAAAUGUUAAAUGCCACAAUUCU